CAUGGCCUGUAUGGUUUACUCCUAGAUAUGACCGAUGACGAAAAGACUCAGUUUGUUCAAGGUGUGGAAACUGUUGUGGACUUCAAUCGCCAACUUGUGAUCAAGGGUCAUCUCUUUUUAUUAUAUUUCUUCACAUAUCGUCUUGAUGCCGGGUUACCUUUGCUCUCAUGUUUCUUUCAACAAGCUUCUUCUAUGGUAUCUUCCAGUUACUACUAGGUGGCAAAUUCACCAAUCAGUCGACUUUCGAUGCUGCAACACGUGAUAAUAUCAAUUUUGUGUUUCGUCGAUUUAUCCAGCAAUUUCCUCUGGCACGAUGUGAAAAGGUGUCCUCCCCUAUUGGUCGAUCUCCAAUUGCUUUCAGUGGUAUUCUAUCCUCAACAGCACAAACCUAUUCAACUCAUCUCAUUUCGAUUGUUGUCGCAAAUUUUGAUGGAUUCUAUAUAGCAUAUUUACAAGGCCGCCUUCGACGCAUGAUUCCUGAACUGGCACAAAAUCAUGCUAUGCAGUUUGCUCACUUUGUUUACCAAUCCACCGUCAAUGAUGACAAGUUCCCUCCAGUUUGGCCAGAAAUUGAAUACGAUCCAGCUAUUGACGACAAGCUCAAUGAAUCACUGUUGACCAUCAUGGAUGAAGCAAGUACCGAAUGGAACAAUAUACAUGAAUUGAUUACUACGGAAGGAGCUCGACGUCGAAGUGUACAAGCAUCUCGUGGCUCGUCUAUAGCUAGCUCAUCGACAGACCCACUCCCGGAGUCAAUGGACAUCCCGUCUCCAGCCUCAAGUGUAGGAAGUAUAGGUAUGACACAACUGGACCUUGAAAUACCAAAUCCUGUACAUUCAGCGAAAUCUAUUACGACUGCAACAAUCUCCUCCUACCCAAAAUUUUUCUUACCUGUCAUGUUUGAUAUCUUACGCAAGAUGGAACAAUGGAAUCAAAUAGACUCUGAACUACCGGCCAUACCUCAGAAUGAAGCAAAACGCACGUGGACAUAUCAUCUUUUAUCUGGAUUGCCUGAAUGGACACGAUUAGACCAUCGCCGCCGAUCAUCGUUGACUCGCUAUUACAAAUAUUAUCAAUGAAGGUGUACGAUUUAUUCCAGAGAAAUUACCUGCUGGCUUCAGCGCUGAAUCUAUUAUGCAUAUACAAAACGCCAUUACUACAGCACAGACAGAGAUUCGCGAAGGAAGAUUUGCACCACCAGUAUAUCUGACAAAGCAGCAAGCAAGACUAUUCACUAUCAUACCCAUUCCAAAACUCACACGCAAAUAUAUACACGAUCAUCAAUCUCUUGGAACAAUACUAAAACAUUUUGGUCUAGGACGUUUGGCUACUCCAUCUUCUACACCGAUCCCACCAAACCAGCCUCACCCGAAUUUUAAUAUGUUUGACUUGCGGAAGCUUAAAAGGUAAGAAAAAGGAGAAGAAUGAUCUAGU